UUCUCCAAAGUGAUUUCAAUUUCUGGAAUAAGAAAUCGGUGGGCAUCCUUCUUCGCUCAGAACCAACAUUUUCAUAUUGGUAAGGGUUCUCUCCAGAUUCUCCUGCCUUUUUCUGGAAACCGGCUAAAAGUGCUGCAGUUCUUGAAACUUUAGUUUUAUUAGAUUUAUUUCCCCCCCCCAUUAUUCCUGUGGUGCACCCCGGAAUCCUCCCCUUAUUAGAAAGGCAAUAGACUUGUUCCUUGAGACUUUGAAGUGCACUUGAAAAAUUUACUACUUCCCCUGAAAAGGGCUCUGCUUAAAUUUGUUUCUCCAAUAAUUAAGAACUCUCACCCCCAUUUAUGUCCACGGGGGUCCCCAGAUUUUUCAACCCAACAGCCAGGGAAAGGCUGGGUCCUCCAUGACAUUUCUAUAGAGUCCAGAUUUUGUAUUAGCCUUUAAAAUAAACUAUAGAUUCCCCAAUCACGAUUAAAACCGGAGUGCCCCUUUGCCUUCUAUUAAAUACUUCUCCAAUAAUCCCAGGCCCAGGAUUUCUUUGUUUAAACGCCAGUCAUUUCCCCAGCAUCCCAAACUGACUCAGAGCUCCCCCCCCCCCCAAAAAAACUUUUCAAUAUCUUUCACCCCCAGAAUCUGCUUGGAAAUUGACAAUUGACAAAUUAUUCCUUAUCAGCCCCACUAACUCACACCAUUCCCUAAAGAGGUUGAGAUCUCUUGUAGACAUAUUAUCUAGUGCAUUUCUGCCCCGCAAACCUGAGAGACAGCUAAUUUUUCUGUAGCACCUCUAUUUUUAUUAGGUAUCUCCCCCGAAGUUGUGGCUCAAAGGAGCCCAUAUUCAGCUUUCUCACCCACACACCCACCGACUUCUCCCCACUCCGAGACUCCCCGCAUUCUUUACGCACAUCUUCAUUGGAAUUGAAGAUAUUCAAUUCCUCCUCCUGCAUCCAAAAACCAGUAUCCCACUCCCAAAUUUGUCCAAUGGCUUUUCAGGACCCCAAUCACCCCCUGCAAACCCAGCUUUGUAGCAAUGUUUUCGGGGCACUGACUGGGUUAAUACAACCCCCUCUAGCUGCUGGGCUAGGUGGGGGGCAGAAGUUCUAUUGCAAUAAUGGGGUACAGGUAGCCUCCCCCCAGCAGCAGCCGACAGCCCCUACUGCUACGGUGAUGGUGGAGCCCGAACCAGACCGGCCUAUCGGUUACGGAGCCUUUGGCGUGGUUUGGUCAGUAACUGAUCCCCGAGACGGGUCACGAGUUGCACUCAAAAAGAUGCCCAACGUUUUCCAGAACCUGGUCUCUUGCAAACGGGUCUUCAGAGAGCUGAAAAUGCUCUGCUACUUCAAGCACGACAAUGUCCUUUCGGCACUGGACAUUCUCCAGCCUCCACAAAUCGACUGUUUUGAGGAAAUUUACGUCAUCACAGAGCUGAUGCAAAGUGACCUUCACAAAGUCAUUGUGUCUCCGCAACCCCUCAGCGCCGAUCACAUCAAGGUCUUUCUGUAUCAAAUCCUCAGGGGCCUGAAAUAUUUGCACUCUGCCGGUGUUCUUCACCGGGACAUCAAACCUGGGAACUUGCUAGUCAACAGCAACUGUGUCCUCAAGAUCUGUGACUUUGGUUUGGCCCGGGUAGAGGAGCCAGAUGAGUCCCAGCACAUGACUCAAGAGGUGGUAACUCAGUACUACCGGGCCCCUGAGAUCCUGAUGGGUACCAGGCACUAUGGGCGCCCAAUUGACAUUUGGUCUGUGGGCUGCAUUUUUGCUGAGCUCCUGGGCAGGCGAAUCCUCUUCCAGGCCCAGAGUCCCAUUCAGCAGCUGGAUCUGAUUACGGAUCUCCUGGGGACUCCUCCGGUGGCUGCCCUCCAUUCGGCCUGCGAGGGGGCCCGUGCUCACAUACUACGUGGCAAUCACAAGCCACCCUCGCUGUCUGUCCUUUACAUGCUCUCGGGGGAAGCCACUCAUGAAGCCAUCCAUCUGCUUUGCCGGAUGUUGGUCUUUGACCCGGCCAAAAGGAUCUCUGCCAAGGACGCGCUCUCUCAUCCCUACUUGGACGAGGGGAGGCUACGUUACCACACAUGCAUGUGUACCUGCUGUUUCUCCGUCUCCUCGGGCCGCGUCUACACCAGCGACUUUGAGCCCCGGGCGGACCCCAAGUUUGAUGGCUCUUAUGAGAAGAAUCUCACGUCGGUCUGGCAGGUCAAAGAACUGGUGCACAGGUUUAUCUUGGACCAGCAGCGGGGUAAACGCGUCCCUCUCUGUAUCAACCCCCAAUCGGCUGCCUUCAAAACCUUCAUCCGCUCAACAGCAUGGCAUUCCUCCAAAGUGUCCAAAAAGGAGGAGAGAUGAAGGUGUUUGCAGAAGGGGUUGAAGAAAGAAAAAGGGAAAUGGGGAAAAAACCUGAGGGAAGAAGGUUUGAAUCUGACAACUUUCCCACUGGACACGGAGAGAUAGAAGAAGAAGAAAAGUGAAAGCCACUCUUCUUAAUCCUGCACUCUUGAAUAU